UGAACGGCAUAACCGUAAUGACGCGUGGGAUAAUAUUGUUGGGAUGUGUAAUGGAAUAAACGAUUGCAAAUUACGAAUUCUAUGUCGUUUUGGCUAUGUGAUAAAUGAAGAAAUGGGUUGUGUCAAUAGCAGGACAGAUGAUAAGCCAAAUAUCUUUCAAGUAAUAAAUAUAGACGAUGAUGGUAAUUUUAUUUCUCCUGGACAUUUGGAAGUUACUGAAGUAGAUAUUAUAUUGCAUCAGAAUGGCAAACAGCCAAUCAAGUGGCCAUUGCGCUGUUUGCGACGAUAUGGAUAUGAUUUGGAAGGAUUGUUCAGUUUUGAAUCUGGAAGACGUUGUCCCACAGGCUCUGGCAUAUAUGCUUUCAAGUGUGAAAGGGCAGAAGAUUUGUUCAAUCUUGUUCAAACAAAAAUUCAAAUACGCAAUAAUGGAGAAAACGCAUUAUCAAGAGAUGUUCUGGUUGGAUCACACCCCACAGCAGUAACACGAGUAGCUAUACCACUUGAGCCUAGUUACUUGGAUCCAACUCAUAACAAUCGCACAAGUUCUAGACUUAUUCAUAAUCAACAGAAUGGUAGAGUAAACAAUCUUGCAAGCAAUAGUGGCCUUUCAUCACCCCAAGGAACCUCAUCCUCUCCAUCUUCUAUGUUUCCACCGCCACUACCGAGUGUUUCUCAUUCUUUCUCUCUUUAUGUCAAUGAAGAGAUUUUGUCAUCUAUUCCUAUGGAAAUGGAACACAACAAUAACAAAAGCCUCAGAAGAGCAACACAAAGGUCGUUGCAGAACAAUAUUACGAUUGACGCAACGUCUAACAAUGGACUCGCGGAAGUGGAAUCAAUAGUCACUCAGCGAAAUACGGACACCACUAGCAAUAAUCCAUCACGACAGGCAGCUUACAUGAACAUAGAUAUCUGCAAUGAAAAUAAUCUGAUCUCGCCGAGUUCUCCCGAAACAACUCGAUUUAAAGAAGAAACCAACGCCGAAUUGACACAUCAAUAUAUCAACGUAAAUCUUGGACAAAAGCAAGUAGAAAACGUUGCAGUCAAACCAUAUCCACCUCCAAUGUUCGUUAUGAAUGCGGAAGAAAAUUCUAGGCAUUGCUAUGCUAAUCUGGAAGCAAGUGAAAUUGAGAGUCUGAGAAAAAGAUUCUCCGGCGUGUCGGUUUCUGAGAAAUCGCCCAUUUUAGCUCCUCCUACACCGACGUGUUGUCCAAAUCGGGAAAUGAAUUAUGCCGUCCUGGAUCUGGACUCGCCUAUCGAUGCAUCGGACAACACUAUCGGUUCCGCGCCGUCUUCUCCUAAGUCUCAGAACAAGCCGCAAAAAGGCUAUGCUACAAUAGACUUUAAUAAAACGGCAGCUCUCUUGCAUUCCGUCAAUCCCAAUCUUGUGAACGAUAACGAAGGUUCCAGAAAGACUCGUCAUAAUUCUACAAUAAAUGAUCUUAGCUCUCACUGCAGACACAAUUCAUCAGUAAGUGAUAUAUUUCAUAUACAAAUGAGAUUUCUAUAUUAUGUUUUUUGACGUAGAAAAAUUAAGUUUUAAUCGUUUCUUUGUAACGUAUCGAAGAAACUUUAUAGUAGUCUCGAUAACUGACCAACAUAUAUUAUUUCUAGUGUAUAAAUUUUUACAUGUUUUUUUUUAAACAUAUUUUAUCAGAGCUAGCAGUAUUCGUAAGUAGUAUAGUAUUUUUGAAAGUUUCCUUUUUUCGAAAUGAGACAGAGAAACUGUUGUUGACACCACAAAAUGUAUAGAGAGAGAUGUAAAGUUUAUAAUACUUUACAACAAAUUUUAUAUUUAGCAUGUUACAGUGUAACGUAAGAACACGUUUGAGGCUAAAGUUUUCUACUCUGUUUCUGUAAAUAUCGUGCAAAUCAAUUCUUUCGCUAGGAAGAAGAUAGAAAGAAAGAGAGAAAAUGUAUGGUCAAAUUGAACUGUUAAUUCAUAACGCGAGGUCAGUUUCUUCUCUUAAGAGCGUAAGAAUAAUUUAGAUUAGGUGAGAUUGUUCUUCCUACAAGUCAAUCAGCAGCAGUUAAACAAGCUGGUUAAACAAUGGUGCAAUACAUCUAAGAUGUGUAAGUAAGCACAAAUCUCUGUUUAUGAGUAACCUCAUGUAUUUUAUGUAUACAUAUAUAAUAUAUAUAUAUAUAUAAUCUGUGAAUUAUUUUUAUAAUUUAUUAUAAGAAAAAGAUGAAAUUUGAACCAAAAACAUUACAUAUGAAUGCAUGUUUUAUAUUACCAAUAUAUGUUUUAUAUUACUAAUAUGUAUAUAUUUAUAUAUGAUAGUGAUAGGAUACACAUAAAAUUUCUUGACACACGCCUAUACGCUUAAGAAAGACAAGCGCAUUUAUGUGCGAAAUAUGCACAUAAAUCGAAAAAUAUAUAGAAAAUAAUACAAAGAAACAUAUAUAUUUACACGCAUUGUAUUAGCAUCUUUUUAGUACCUUGCAUUUCAGUUUUUAUUAAGUGACAUAAAGCAAGCUAUGAUACAUUUACGAAUUUUGUUUUGGAAGUCAUAUCAAUGAUGUUACAAUUCAAGUUGAUUGCGAGAGUGUCGACAAGUCUUAAGUUCUUUUUGCAAUAUUUUCUACAUAUAUCAUUUUAAUGUUUUAUUAUACUUUGUUAUGUAGAAAGAUUAUAUAGCAAAAUAGUUUAAGCUCGCACGGACGACGAACGAUAUAUAACAUAUAUUAUAACUUAGAAAUGACGUUCUAGGGUACAUGUGUCUUCUCUUAAUACUUCCACGAAAUACGAUUAAAUAUAUUUUCAAGAGACUGAAUAUUAUAUAAAUCGUGAAGUAACAUGUGUAAGCAAGCGAAAAAUAAACGAACAAUUUUGAAUUAACGAUAACGUUAUAUAUAAAUAAAAUAAAAAAAAAACAGCUACAAAAAAAAAGAAUUAUAAUUCUUCAGAAUUUAAUAUUUUUCAAUUAAAUCUAUACUAGAUGUAAGGUUUCUCUGAUUUUUUGAUAUUCGAUACUUUUCUAAAAUGAUUAACCCGUCUUGCAUAGAGACUUUAGAAACAUUGUUAAAAGAAAAAAAUUUAAAUUGUUAUACAUAUAUAUUUACUCUGUUGUCUAUUUAAUGGAAUCUGUUUUAUUUUAAUGUUAAUUUUGUUAUAUAAAUGCUUCAUAACUGAAUAUUUUAUGGUUACGUGAUUGAUUUUGAUUUACAUAUAUCAAAAACUAGUUUUCGCAAACUUGUGUUUGUACAUACUUGAGAUACAACGAAAGAGAUUAAUGAUAUAAAAUUACAAAAUACGCGUGAUAAAAAUUUAUAAAUACGCGAAAAAUUGUAAAAUAUGCUAAUAUGGCAGUGAUAUGAAACAUGUUUCACAAAACACCAAGAGGCACGUACCUCAUGCCAAAUAUAAUAUAGAGAGAAAAAAGGAAGAGAGAGAAAGAGAGAGAGAAGUAUGUUUAUGUAUGUGUGUUUUAUUUAGGAAGAUCCUACACUUUGUUUUUAUCUUGUUUCAAUAUACAUACAUAUGAAAGAAGAAGCUUAAAUAUGAGACAUUUAUUUUUACACAAUGUCUUCUUUUAAUUGUACACCUGGAUUGUAUAUUUUUACUUUGUAAUUCUAAUACAGUCUGUUUCUGAUAUUAUGUAAUAUACUUUAUAAAGAAAAUAAUUUAAAAUUUAUUUCUUGUGCUUUUCGAUAUACAUCAAUAUAAACAUGUUCUUAUUUUAUUCAAUUUUGCUUCGUUUAGAUUUAUGUAUCAAUUUUAU